AGGGCCUGCUUUGCGUCACGUGACGGCCAACCACCACCCGCUCCCUGUAACGGAAUAAAAUAUAUAAUAAUGAUAGAUGAGAAACUGAUCUCCAGGCGGCUGGGUAUGAUUGGUUUGUCUGGGGAAGGACAGAAGAGUAUCACUUGGACGGUGUUUGCCAGGCUUACGUUGCUUCGGUGGGGGGUGGAGAAGACAUCGGCCUGUGUGGGUCACGUGGUGCAACGUUGUGGUGUUUCCCCGGUAAAGAUGGCGGCUGUGAGGUAGAAAGCGUCGGAUCUGAGUAACAGCAGCAUUUCUAGGCGGACAGACCUGCCGACGACAGAGGGUUUCGGGAACUGCACCAUGAUGGAUCCGGGGCAAGAUUUGUUACUUGCUGCUUUGAGUGAGUCUGGGAUCAGUCCCAAUGACCUAUUUGAUGGUGAUUGUUUGGAUAUUGGUCUCAUUGCACCACCAUCGGUUCCAGCCAUUCAGCAGACUGUGCCAACAAGUGCGUCAGGUACCAAUAAGGAGUGUGAAGCUUCAGUAUCUGUCAAGCAAGAACAAGUGGCUUCAUCUACCCCAACAUUACUAAAUGUCAGGCCUCCAUCAACCACAACAUUUGUACUCAACCAGAUUAACCAGCUACCAACACUGGGUAACACAAUUGUAAUGACAAAACCUUCUUCUGUUACCACCAAUCGUCAGACUAUCACAGUAACAAAAAUCCUUCAGACUAGUACCACAACUAGACCAUCUACCACCACACCUGUAGUACAGAGCACCGUGACCACUGUACCAGGCAAGGAGCAAAUUCAGCUGAAAGACUUACUGAAGACCAGCAGCCUCAAUAAGCUAAUGAAGCUGAAACCCCCUUCCAACAUUGCACAGCCAGUCGCAACCGCUGCAACUGACUUAUUGAAUGGAACAAAGAAAGAUAUUUCCAACAAGGAAGUGACAAGAAUAUGGAUCAAUGAUGAUCUCAAGAUGAGAAGUUUUUCUCCAACUAAUAAAGUCCCUGUCAAGGAGGAGGAGGAACCUGAGGAAGAAGAUGAAGAGGAAAUGGGGCAUGCAGAAACAUAUGCAGAAUACAUGCCAAUAAAAUUGAAAGUUGGUUUGCGGCAUCCUGACCCUGUAGUAGAGACCAGCUCCUUGUCUAGUGUGACGCCUCCGGAUGUGUGGUUUCAGACAUCUAUCCCUGAGGAAACUAUUGAUAAUGGCUGGUUAUCCGCUCUGCAAUUAGAAGCAGUUACCUAUGCAGCUCAGCAACAUGAAACUUUCCUUCCAAAUGGUGAGCGUGCAGGCUUUUUGAUUGGCGAUGGUGCUGGAGUUGGAAAAGGAAGAACUAUUGCUGGAAUUAUAUUUGAAAAUUACUUGCUUGGAAGGAAACGAUCCUUAUGGUUUAGCGUAUCAAAUGAUUUAAAGUAUGAUGCUGAAAGAGACUUGCGUGACAUUGGAGCAAAGAACAUUCAAGUUCACAGUUUAAAUAAGUUCAAGUAUGGAAAAAUUUCUUCAAAGCAUAAUGGCAGUGUGAAGAAAGGGGUGAUAUUUGCUACUUACUCAUCACUGAUUGGUGAAAGCCAGUCUGGUGGGAAGUACAAAACUCGCCUUAAGCAGCUUCUUCACUGGUGUGGAGAAGACUUUGAUGGUGUGAUUGUAUAUGAUGAGUGUCACAAAGCUAAGAAUUUGUGUCCUGUUGGGUCCUCGAAGCCAACGAAGACUGGAUUAGCAGUUUUAGAGCUCCAGAACAAACUGCCAAAAGCUAGAGUCAUAUAUGCUAGUGCCACAGGUGCCUCUGAGCCAAGAAACAUGGCUUACAUGAGUCGCUUGGGAAUCUGGGGAGAAGGUACUCCUUUCAGAGAGUUCAAUGACUUUAUACAGGCAGUUGAAAGAAGAGGUGUUGGUGCCAUGGAAAUUGUAGCGAUGGAUAUGAAGCUGAGAGGCAUGUAUAUUGCAAGACAGUUGAGCUUUACUGGUGUGACAUUCAAAAUUGAAGAAGUUCCCCUAGGCCAAGAUUAUGUAAAGAUGUACAAUAAGUCUGUAAAGCUGUGGGUGCUGGCACGAGAGAGGUUUCAGCAAGCAGCUGAUCUCAUUGAUGCUGAACAGCGGAUGAAGAAGUCAAUGUGGGGCCAGUUUUGGUCAGCGCACCAGAGAUUUUUCAAGUACCUCUGUAUAGCAUCCAAAGUGAGAAGGGUAGUACAGCUUGCCCGCGAGGAAAUUAAGAAUGGCAAGUGUGUAGUUAUUGGCCUUCAAUCCACUGGAGAAGCCAGAACCCUCGAAGCGUUGGAAGAAGGGGGAGGUGAACUGAAUGACUUUGUGUCAACAGCCAAAGGAGUACUACAGUCUUUGAUUGACAAACAUUUCCCCGCACCUGACCGGAAGAAGCUGUUCAGCUUGCUAGGAAUAGAUUUAAGUGCACAAAGCAAUAAUAACUCUCCGAGGGAUAGUCCGUGUAAAGACAGCAAAGCUAAAAAGAGGAAAGGUGAUGAAUUGUCACGGGGAGCAAAGAAAGCAAGGCGAACUGGAGGUCUGGCGGGCAGCAGCUCAGAUGAAGCCAACAGUGAAUCGGACACAUCUGAUAAGGAAGCAGAGAGUGAAAGUGAAAGCUUUAAAUCUAUUAGCUCUGGAGAUGAUGAUUUUAAUCCAUUUAGAGAUGACUCAAGUGAAGAUGACGAAGAUGAUCCUUGGUUGAUUAGAAAAGACCAUAAGAAAAAUAAAGACAAGAAGAAGAAAAAGAAAAGCAUUGAUCCAGAUUCCAUUCAAAGUGCCUUACUAGCAUCUGGUCUUGGGUCUAAAAGACCCAGCUUCUCAACGGUUCCUAAACCAGCUCCAAUCGUAGCUCCUGCUAGCCUUCCAGCUCUUUCCAGUAACACUAAUCCCAGUAACAGCUGUGUGACAAGCCAGGAUGCGGUAGAAAGGGCUCAGCAGAUGAAGAAGGAACUUACAGACAAGCUGGACCAGUUGGCUGAAGCCCUUCCUCCCAAUACACUAGAUGAGCUAAUCGAUGAGCUUGGUGGUCCUGAUAAUGUGGCAGAGAUGACUGGAAGAAAAGGCAGAGUUGUCAGUAAUGAUGAUGGUAGCAUAUCCUAUGAGUCCCGGUCAGAGCUUGAUGUCCCUGUUGAAAUUCUAAAUAUUACAGAAAAGCAGAGGUUUAUGGAUGGUGAGAAGAAUAUAGCAAUCAUCUCUGAAGCUGCCAGUUCAGGAAUCUCGUUACAAGCUGACCGCCGAGCAAAAAAUCAGAGGAGGCGAGUACACAUGACACUGGAGUUACCUUGGAGUGCGGACAGGGCCAUCCAGCAGUUUGGUAGAACACACCGAUCUAAUCAGGUUACUGCUCCUGAAUAUGUCUUCCUGAUCUCUGAAUUGGCCGGAGAACAAAGAUUCGCUUCAAUAGUUGCAAAAAGAUUAGAGAGUCUGGGGGCCUUAACGCACGGAGACAGGAGAGCAACAGAAUCAAGGGAUUUGAGUAGAUUUAAUUUUGACAACAAGUAUGGCCGAAAUGCUUUGGAAAUUGUAAUGAAGUCAAUAGUGAGUCUCGAUUCACCCCUGGUUUCUCCACCACCAGAUUAUCCUGGUGAUUUCUUUAAAGAUGUUCGACAGGGAUUAAUUGGGGUUGGACUUAUAAAUGUUGAAGACCGAUCUGGAAUACUGACUCUUGACAAAGAUUACAAUAACAUAGGAAAAUUCCUUAACCGAAUCUUGGGAAUGGAAGUCCACCAACAGAAUGCCCUCUUCCAAUAUUUCGCAGACACGCUCAAUGCAGUUAUUCAGAACGCUAAGAAGAAUGGAAGAUAUGACAUGGGUAUUUUAGAUCUUGGUUCUGGAGAUGAGAAAGUACGGAAAACUGACGUCAAAAAAUUCUUGACACCUGGCUAUUCUACCUCAGGACAUGUGGAAUUGUACACGAUAAGUGUUGAAAGAGGGAUGUCUUGGGAGGAUGCAACUAAAAUAUGGGCUGAACAGACUGGAACAGAUGAUGGGUUCUACCUAUCACUGCAAAUCCGAAAUAAUAAAAAAACGUCCAUACUGGUUAAAGAAGUUAAUUCAAAAAAGAGGCUUUUCCUAGUAUACAGGCCGAACACUGGCAAACAGCUGAAGCUUGAAACCUUAUCAGACUUGAGAAAGAAAUACAAAAAGGUCACUUCUGAUGAUGCGUUUGCUCACUGGAAGGAACAGUACACCUCUUCUGCUGACAUAUGUACACAUGCUUAUUGGCGAGGCAACUGCAAGAAAGCAAGCCUUGGACUAGUUUGUGAAAUUGGUCUACGCUGUCGGACGUAUUACGUUUUGUGUGGAUCUGUCUUGAGUGUGUGGACUAAAGUGGAAGGUGUUCUAGCCUCAGUCAGUGGCACUAACGUAAAAAUGCAGAUAGUUCGGCUACGAACUGAAGAUGGGCAAAGGAUUGUUGGCUUAAUCAUUCCUGCAAAUUGUGUAUCAUCACUUGUGACUUUGCUUUCAACUUCGGACCAGUCUCAGCAAAUUGCCGUACAGCAGCAACAGAUGUGGCAGCAGCUUCACCCGCAGAGCAUAAGCAACUUUAACCCUUUGUAGUGAAGAAGCGUGCUGGCGGAGCCUUGAGUUGUUGAAUGAAGAGUCUGUAGAAGCAUUACUGUGCAUACAAAUCAGGGACAGAUUCCAAAGAGUUCAGCCUACUUGAGCAUAGAUUGACAUUCUGCUCUGUUAAAAAAUGGAGUGUACGGUCUCAGUGGUAACUCACAAGCUUAUUUUUUUUUUUGUUAUAAUGGCACAUCAGCAUUCUCUUCCUUUGGUGCUUUCCAUUCGCUUCUCUAGGUUUUACACCCGAGAGUCAGCAUGGUGAACAUUUAUAUAGCUCAAUCAUUUGACACUGUUAAAGACAGACAAGUUUGGAACAUAUACCACAUUUCUUUCCCU